UUUGCCACAGUGGAGCACUACAAAGCCGCCAUGUUGCUGAGCGGUGCAGGCGAUGCUCUUGGCUACAGGAACCAGCUGUGGGAGUACAACGAGUCUGGACCAGCUAUCCACCAGGAGCUGAAGGAGCUCGGAGGCCUGAGGAGCAUCAAGGCGGAGCUCCCUGAUUGGCCGGUGAGCGAUGACACGGUUCUUCAUCUGGCGACGGCGGAAGGACUGGCCACUGGGAAGACGGGGGAGACGCUCCUCCACGAGGUGGCUGCCCGAUACGUGGAGGGGAUGAAGGACAUGGACGGGAGGAAACCGGGGCCUUCCAGCAUCCUGGGAGUGUCGCUGUUGAAACCUGGGGAGGAGGAGGGCUUCAGAGUUCCCUAUAACCCCGAGGGGACGGGGUGUGGAGCAGCCAUGAGGUCCAUGUGCAUUGGCCUGAGGUAUCCGAGGCCUGACCAGCUGUUGUCGCUGGUGGCGGUUGCCGUGGAGACAGGGAGAAUGACCCACCCCCACCCCACCGGAUUCCUCGGAGCGGUGGCGUCGGCCCUUUUCACCGCGUACGCCGUCCAGCGCCGGCCAAUCACCACGUGGGGCCUGGGCCUGAUCAACGAGGCCUGUCCCAUAGCGAUGAGCUUUGUUCGGGGGCGGGGCUUCGCCGUGGAGGAGACGGAGAGAGACUGGAGCUUCUUCUGUGACAAGUGGCAGUGGUAUCUGGAUGUGAGGGGCCUCUCCACCGGCGUGGGCCCUGCGAUCUGGCCCUCGCCCUACGGCCCUGCUGAGAGAGACGAGGCCUACAAGAGCUUCAGCCUGUCGGGCUGGGCGGGGCGGAGCGGCCACGAUGCCCCGAUGAUCGCACUCGAUGCCCUGCUGGGCGCGGGCUCGGACUGGGAGGAGCUGAUGAGCAGAGCGGGUUUCCAUGGAGGCGACAGUGACAGCACCGCGGUGAUCGCCUGCUGCUGCUGGGGUCUUCUCCACGGCACCAAGGGAGUCCCGGAGGGGAACUACUCCAAUCUGGAGUACAGGGACCGGCUGGAGCGCAGCGCCGAGCAGCUCUACGCGCUGUCACACUGAGGUCACCGCAACAUGCCGUGCUGCCAGUGUGGGUCUUGUUGCACUCGAGAGGAAACUGGGCCACUCCGACGUAGAGAAACCGUUUCUCUGUGAUGCAUCGAUCCAGUGGUUGUCACCCAGCCACAAAGUGUGGCGUCAUACUUGCCUGACGGGGAGCAAAGUCCCACUGACCUAAGUCAAAUCAUUUCUGCCACAACAAGGUCUUUGUUGUGCUGGUGUGGAGGUUGGCGUGUAUAAAGAGGGCUCCCCCUAGUGACCGUUUGAAACGAACAUGCAGUUUUACCACUAAGCGGAACGAAUCCGAGCUAAUGAGAAUGUGAAGAGAAUACACAAAGUCCCCCGGGAGAUAAUUACCUUGUUUUGUCAGCUUGACAUUAUGGUAAAUGCUUGGUAAGCUUCAAAUUAAAUGUGCUUUGGUUAUCGUCUAAUGAAAAAUACAUUUCUGCGUCUCAAUAUUUUUAACUGGGGCCUCGUUCAACUGUAACCGUGGUUUCAUGCACAUCUGUUGAUACAA